UAUUUCUUUUUUGUCUUCUUGUAAUUUGUUUAAACCAUUAAUGAACUUGCAUAUUCCCUCAUUAUAAAGAAAAGUAGAAGCAUCCGCGAUACUACCUGUUGUCGUCAAUUUCAUCAUUUUAAGUAACUAUCAAGUUUCAUGGCUUCUUCACUUGCACGAGCUUCUUACGUGGAGAUCCCAACUCGAAGCUACCUCUCUCUUUCUUCUCUUCCCGCUUUAUAAACCCUCACUCCUCACUUUCCACUUCACUCUCUUACCCGUUUAAACUCUUGCCAACUUCAUUUCUCCCUUUGUAGUUUCCCAAACCAAUUAGCAAAUGGGUUCUCCAAAUUCUAACUUCAACUGGCUGACAAAGCAUUUUCCUUUAGAGCACAGGCCUCGAAUGCUCAAAGAUUUUCUCACUGAUGAUUCAAAUUCAUGCUCUUCUACUAGCUUCAAAUCAUUUCCUAAAAAGCCAAGCGAUUCUCGCAUUCGAACCCUCAUCCAAAAUGAUCUUAAUGACUCCAAGCUCCUUACAUGUCGAUCAAGAGCAGCCUCAACUACAAUCUCUGCAUUUCAGGCAAUGAUUAACGCCGUCAAGAACAUCCACUUAACUGCCAUUAAGUCUCCAUCAAUUUUACCUAGAAGCCUUUCACGGAGGCCGUCUAGAAGUACAAGGAGCACAUGCAGGGAGAUUAAAACUGAAAACGAAAACAAACAAACUCAAAUCAAAAUUACAGUCACGAUCAAAGACAUCAUGCAGUGGAAAUCAUUUCGAGACCUUGAAGAAGAGAAAUCACCGCCGUUCGAUUUGUCAUCCUCCUCGCAUCACUGCACCACCGCCACUACACCCUGUAGCAGUUGCAGCAGUAAUGGAUCAAGCUGGUGUGACAGUGAUUUCACGUCUGAGUACGGUAAUUUUGAGGAGAAUGAUGACAACGAAGUCGAAGUGGGUAAAAAAUAUUUACGGCGUGUCGGCGAGGAAGAGCACUCAAUGGAGCCGACAAAGCGAUAUACAGCAGUGGGGCUCAAGGAUGGGAAGCAACACAAUAGCCCAUUUUCAGUAAUUGACAUCGAAUUUGAAGAAGAUGAAGAGUCAAGUUCAUUCUUCGAUCAAAGCUUUGCAACGGAGACAAACACCAGCUAUGAAGAAGAAGAAGAGGCAUGGCAAUUACUGAAACAUGUUAAAGAGACGAGUUCAGUUGGGGAAUGCAGAAACAAUCUGGACAGACUGCUGCUGGAUUUUUUUCGAGAUGAAUUGAAAAUAAAGGGAUACCAAAGUAGAAAUGAUAAGUUUGGUUUUGAGAUAUUAAGCAGAGUAAAAGCUUGGAUUGAUGGUGAACAAAGCCUAUGGAUUGGAUGGGAUAAGAAGGAGGCAUAUGUUAGAGAAAUGGAGAGGGAAGGGAAGUGGAUCAAGUUUGAGGAGGAGCAAGAAGAGGUUGCUUUGGCAAUUGAGAAUUGGAUGCUUGAUGAGCUACUGCUUGAUCUCUUCUCUUGAAAUUUGAUGGAUUGGGCCAUUCUGGAAGAACCACUAGUGUCCGGCCCGCAAUGUAUUAGAACAAAUGGAUUGGGCAAGACGAGAAGACGUUGACUUUUCCAAGACAUCACUCAUGUCUCAUGCAACAUUGGCCUCGCUUGUGCUGCAAUUUCGUACACUCAUGUAUAUAAAUAAAAACAAGGAAGAUAAUCAGAGAGAUGUAACUGAAUUUUCAUAGCAAUUUAUCAUUGGUUUAAGCAAA